AUCUGUGGACAUAACAAUUUGCCAGUUUGGGUUUUGCUAUUGUUACGAACGUGAAAUAAUUGUAAUUAAACUGUUUACGCAUUGACACUGUCUUAAAAACAACUCAGAACACAACGUAUUUCUCAAUCUGAUUCUCUGAAAUUAUCUGAAGCGUUUUCAGUGCACAAACCACUGCACAAACAUAACCUCGAAAUGUCUGACGACGAAGAUGUAAUAUUAGUGAAACGAACCAAGCAGGUCCACUAUGGGUCACUGGAGGAACAGGAAAAGGCGCGGCUCGCAGCCCUGGCUGCCGCGGCCAAAGAAGGCGUGGAGGAUACUGGAGGAAAAGACUUAGGAGACAUCCAGGUUUCGAAUGAAUACAUGGAUCUGGAGGAUGAGAUGUCCAAAGACAAGAAGGCUUUGUUGGAGGAGUUUGAGCGCAGACGGAAGGCCCGGCAGCUGAAUGUGUCAACAGACGAUGAUGAGGUGCGCAGGAGUCUCCGGCAGUUAGGCGAGCCGGUGUGCCUGUUCGGCGAGGGGCCCGCCGAGCGGCGCGUGCGCCUCCGCGAUCUGCUUAGCUACCUGGGCGAAGACGCGAUCCAUAAGAAGCUAGAAGAGGAGGAAGCUAGGAUAGAGCGAGACAGGGGACGCGAAGGGACCUGGUACCACGAGGGCCCUAAAGAGUUACGCGAAGCUAGGCUCUGGAUCGCUAAAUACUCGCUACCGAGGGCAAAAGCAAGAUUAAACAAGGCGCGCGCAGAGCUGCAGCUGGCGGGCAGCGUGCGCGCCGCCUGCAAACAGGACGCUCAGCGCCGCGCCGCCGCCGUCGCCAUCUACUGCAGCCAGGUCGGCGAUACGAGGCCCAUAAGUUUUUGCCGCUUCAGCUCCGACAGUCAGAUGUUAAUAACGUCUAGUUGGUCAGGCCUCGUCAAGGUGUGGUCGGUGCCCGAAUGCCAAGAGCUGCAGGUCCUGAAGGGUCACACCUGCAACGUGAGCGGCGCGACCUUCCACCCUGCGGCCGCCAUGCCCCGACACUUCAAGGACAAGUUGAACAUAAAGUCAGAGCCUGAGAGUGAGCCCAUGGAGACAGGUGGCUCGAGCGAGGAUAAGUCAGAAGUGUGCACUAUGGCGUCCUGCGCUUACGACGGCACGGUCCACUUAUGGAACUUUAACAGUGAUUCACCAAUGGCGUCCCUGCCUGGCCACAGUCCACACCGCGUCUCCAGAGUGGAGUUCCAUCCUUCAGGCAGGAUGCUGGCGGCAGCGGUCUUCGACAGCAGCUGGAGGCUGUGGGACCUUGAAACAGCAACGGAGGUCCUUCAUCAAGAAGGUCACGCGAAAGAGGUGUACAGCGUGGCUUUCCAGUGUGACGGGUCUCUCGCGGUGACCGGUGGCAUGGACGCGUUUGGCCGCGUAUGGGACCUACGCACGGGGCGAUGCGUCAUGUUCCUCGAGGGUCAUUUGGGCCCCGUAUUAGGGGUCGAUUGGUCCCCCUGCAGUUACACGCUCGCUACGGCCGCGCAAGAUCAUCAGGCGAAAAUUUGGGACCUCAGGAAGAGAUCUUGCGUGUAUACAGUAGCGGCACAUACGCAUCUUCUAAGCGACGUGCGAUACCAAAAGAGCCACGGACACUUCCUGAUGACGACAUCUUACGACAAGACUGCGAAGCUGUGGUCCAACCCGGCCUGGCAUCCCCUCCGCACGCUCGCCGGACACGACAACAAGGUUAUGUCGGGCGACAUAUCUUACGACAACAAGUACAUAGCGACGUGCUCAUACGACAGGACCUUCAAGCUCUGGAGCCCGGACCUCGCGUGAUUUUAACAUUUUUACAGUACAUCUGGUGUUCCAUUACGACACCCUGUGCUGUAAUAAGCACAUUACGUAACUACGUAGAAAAUUUAAAGGGCCAUACUGCUCGCUAAGCCAAAGAGCGCUAUUUCAAAAGAAAAUUAAUUGCUAACUUAUACUUUAGUUUCUAUUACCAAAAAUAAUAGAUAGUAUAGAGGGGUCCUGUCAUAGUAAAUGUUGUAGGCACUGUAAAUUUACUGCCAUCUAUCGACACACGACUAAAACUCAAAAUAAACACGUAUAAAUAAUUAUCAAAAAAAUGAAUAUCUAUGGAUUUUAUUAUUUUUAUAUCAUUUUGACCCAUGUUCAUUCACUGAUAAAUAUGUGUUAAAAUUGUUAAAUAUGAAACGGUGUCGUCACGCCAUCUAGCCAAGAAUAGGCUAAAGGGUUGUGCGCCAUCUACCCGAGAAUGAUAUUUCUUGAUUUCCGAGGCACGUUUUUUCCUUAGGCAUUAUUCAUCUUAUACGAAGUUACAUUUAUGUCUUUGCUAUUACUGAGAAUUCCAUUAUCAUAAUCAUUUGUUUUU